GUGACUUCAGACAGUUAUUCAGUGUCUGGUAGACCUCCAUUCAGUUAAAGAGUUUUUAAUUAACCGCCUUUUAAAACCGCGCGUGACACGCGCCCUGGGGGUUGUUCAAAUUUUUGCGACAAAAAAAUUGGUAUCAACAAUUGAACCGUCCAACAUGUGAUUUACUCUUCGACAAAAAUUAAAGAUUCCUCUUGUGUUUUGUGAUAAAUUUGUGGCGAAGAAAGUGAUUUUACAAUGCUGCAGCCCAGAAGGAUUGCAUUUUAUUUCUUCAUUUUAGUGUGCUUUGUAACAGGGGAUGUUAUCGAUUCGUCACCGAGGAGGAGGCGACAAAAUGACAACGAUGUAACGACAGUAUUGCUGGUGAACAAUCAAGGACCUUCAACUUUUGGUCGUUUCCUGAGUGUAAAGCCGGAUCUUGGUCUAAUAACAUCUACUGCUCGUACUUUUAUACAAGAAGGUGUAACGACACACUAUGCGACCCAGGUACUUGGUACCACACUUGACAAUGGACGUUUGUACGCACACCUCCUCACGAAAAGUUCGCGAGUGUUGUACGACAAAGAGAAAAAUACGCUUUCCGAUCGCGAUGUUUUAAAUAAAAACUGGAAAGUCGACCACAAUUCGAUAAACACCCAAAACUUUAUUAAAAACAUAGACUUCGUCUCCCCAAAUAAACCAGAAGCCUAUUUGGUGUUUCCCACCAGUAAAGUUGAAUACAAAUUCGUGGAGAAGGAAAAGUUGGAUAAAGAAGACGAAGAACUUCUGAAAUCGUCACCGUCUGACAAUGCAAGAAUUCGUUACGUCGACGACGUUUGGAGAAACGAUGGAGAAAGCAGGAAAAUAUUUCACAUAACACAAAAACAGAAUGAAAUAAACCAUGACAAUGGCAUUAACCAUAAAGAGUUCGACAGAAACAUUUUGAAGAUAUCUAAGGUAAGGGAGCGGGAUACCCUCCCAACUUUCACCGUACGCAAUGAGUUUUCUCCAAGCGGGUUGUCGUUCCUGGGAGAUUUGCCGCAUUUUGAUUCGACGGAAAGGAGUAAAUCGACGACGUCGGCGGAGCGUAAAGCAAAACUGCUGUUUUUGUCGGGAAAAUCGCCGUCGGAGUUAAAGAAAUUGCCAACUGUCACGUACACCGGUUUUGCCGAUUUUACAACGGUCGUCGGCGACACGGUGAUCGUAUUUUCACCGCACACGUCGAAUGCGCCAAAGUAUGACGUGGGAAAAGCAACGUCUAUCUCUGUUGAAGCCACAAUACAACAGACGUUAAGUCAAUCUACAAGUACUACGCAACAAUUAAUACGUCCACCGAUUCGUGCCUCCUCAAUUAAUGUAAAACCGACAGUGCGUCUUCCACAAUUGUCUUUAAAGCCAUCGUUUACUAUUAAAAGGCCGAAACCUUCCACAAAGGUGUACAUGUCUCAAGAGUUUGACGUAGAAGGUGAUGGAAGGCAUACGAUGGUAAUCGACGCUAGUGAUCGUCCUCGAGAAACGACAACACCCGAAACGGAACAGCACGAAGAUAUGGACGCGAAAUCUUCGGUUUUGGCACAUGAACAAAAAAUAUCUACAUACGAACAAUUACCAACCCCUCAGAUUGAGACACCCUCAACGGUUACGUUAGAAGAAACCCAAUCCACAUUCUUAUCGUCAGCCGCAAUUGAACCAUCUGAAAGUCAAAUACCUAUGUUAUCCACUCCUUCGGAAGAGGAUAUCGCAAAAAUCUUGGCAUCAUUGCAAGCCGCGCAAAGUAGUGUUCCCACCGAACCUUUGCAAAUUUCUACGCUAACUACAGAUGAGCAAAAACCGACUCUUUCAAGCGUCGAAGAACUAGCUACCACAGGCACGGGAGGAGCGACUACAAUAUUUUUCGAUGACGAUUUUAUACUCGAAAACACCGCUAUUUUUGAUGAUGCAACAAAAAAACCAGAGGAAACCGCACCAACUCCCACCACUACCACUACAGAAACAGUCACAGAAGAUGUCGAAGAAGAAGUCGAAGAGGAAGAAGAGCCCGCCCAAUCUACAACACUUGCCAGCAGUACCGAAGCAAAAGAGGACAGCCUACAGCAAACUGAAGAAACCACAACUGACAGUGUUGAAAUAACAUCUCCAGAACCGCAUCUCGAAUUAAACGAAACCAAAACAGAUGUUACUUGCACAGCAGGUGUGCAAAUAAUACCGACCACUGCUUAUAAAACAUUAACUUAUCUAACAACGUUCUUCAUACCGCAAGAUGACACAAGCACUACCACCUCCGUUAGAUCAAAUAAAGUGGUAUCCACCGAGAUAGGAUUUGAAACGCAAUCUUGCACAAUUUCCGCCUCCCCAAUAAUGCCGGUUACCGUUUCGCAAACGCAAGAACUUGUGACGACAACCGAAGAAGAUGGCACGACUCUUCGCGACACGACGACCACCGAAGAGCAAACAACGGAACCGGUAACGGAUGUGACCAGACCAGUCGAAACGACUCCAUUGGAAAUAACAACGGAAAAACGGCACGUGACCGAAUCAGAACCCGAAGCCAGCGAAAUGACAACUGAAAACGGCGAGGAAAUAGAGGUUCUCUUCAAGACUCUAUACACGACAUACACUUACUUGACGACCUUCUUCCAAGACACGACAUCGUCGAUUGUUAGUCGAAAGGAAGUGAUUACCAACGUUAUUACGUCCACUUUAGAGCCCGGAAGCGAGAUAACAGAUCCGGCAGUGGCGGGUCUACUUAACCGAGGAGGAGAGUUAUACAAAUCGAAACCGCCAUCCUUUGACGAUAUCGUCGAUAUUUCCCCUACUAGUGUGGGUAUCGGCAGGCCUACCGUUAGUUAUCCACUAACCGAUGAAGAUAUCCAAGAAAACGUUUUAGACCAGGAUUUAGUAAGGGCCACGCCAAGUUUGGGCGAAAUAAUGCCCAGCGGAGUGAAAACCUAUUACACUACAUAUACAUACUUUACCACUAUUUUUGUUGAUGGCGAAACGGAAAUAUCGAGCCGAACCGAGGUUUACACAAAUUAUGUUACACAAACGCAACAGGCUAACGUGGUGCCCACGAUGUUGGUGACAACGGAUGGGUACCAAGAUGACGAUUUGGACGCAGAUGAGAGCGGCGAAACGAACAAUGACGAUCCGACCACCAAGAAGUAUAGCACCAUGAUCCGCGGGAACGAUCGAAAUUCGACCGAAUAUGAAACAAUUUCUACCAUGGUAACCGAUGUGAGGAGUAGCACCUCAACUGGGGAAAGAAGAAUCAUUGAUAGCGUUGAUAAUCGUAAUGUUUUAGAGGAUCAGAUGGUAGCAGAAUCCAAUAAUGAUUCGGAUAUCCUACCAUCGCCCACUCUUUUAUUGCAAACGAGUUACACAACAUUCACUUACUUCACCACCAUGUACCAAGGAACGACUAGUAGUAAUGUUGUCAGUCGGCUAGAAACUAUUACAAAUGUCAUUACUGAAACAUUAACACCUACCCAUUCGUUAAGCUUGGAAGAUCUGAGUUUGCCAAUUACUUACUUUACCACCUUCACUUAUUGGACUACCCUCUACAAGGAUGGUGUUACACGCGUUACUAGCCGCGAAGAAACAAUUUCGAACGUGGUAUCACCGACAGUAAAGGAGUCGAUGGUCGUGCCAAGCAUUAGUGUUACACCUAUCGAAGUCACCUACAGUACAACUGCCGAUGUGGUGCCAACGCAAGUCACAAAGGAGAAAGACGAGUUAACGACUUACUAUACAACUUAUACGUACUACACUACGUCUUACGUUGAUGACAGUACGGUAAUUAAUAGCAGGCUGGACACCGUAACUAACGUUGUGAAUGAAACUCAGCAAAUUGAGGCGAACCAAAUAGGUAGAUCCAUUGGAACCAUCGAACAAAAUCAAAUUGAAUCUGCUACAAAACCUAGCGUAUCUUUACUGCCAACAGGACUACUAUCGACCCUUGCCUCUACCAUAAAUAACUCUGGAAUCCAAACCAUUUUAUCCACUGACGUGUACGGAACGUACAUCGAUGGCGUUUACGCAAAUGUUCUCGAAAGUACAACCUUAACACUUACUGACAGUGUUAGUCCAACCAGUUCGCAAACGACAGUGUUACCAACAGGUGUAGUUAGCUUAAAUCAAGGUAAAAUUAUCGAUGCCCAAGAAAUUAGCACAUUAUACUAUACCACUCAAGCCAUCGGAACGUACAUAGAUAAUUUAUAUGCGCAAGUGAUCGAAAGUACGAGUUCGUUAAAUAUUGACGAAGCAAAAAAAUCGUUACUUGCAAAUGAGGAGCAACCAAAGCAUCGGACGGGGCUAGUUCGACUAAUCGAAGGGUCAAUCGUUCAAAAUCGUACAACGACACUUUAUCAGUCGAAAGUGAUAGGAACAGUUAUAGAUGGAAGAUAUGCGCAAAUAAUUGAAAGCACAUCCAGCUUUAUCAUAGACAAAACUAAAGAACCGUCAAUUUCCUUCACGCCAAGUUCGGGCAUUAGCCCGACCGCGACUCAAAUGCCGGACGAGAAGAUCUUGCCUACGAAUACACUUGUUACACCUUCACACGUGGCAAUUGAAAGCUCAUUAACCGACGUAACGAAGGCCGACGAAGAAACAACAACCGAAGGAGAAGAUCUCGAGGAGGGAGACGAUGAGGAAGAUCAAGAAAAUUCUCAAACGCCCGAAAAUGGGCGGAAAAAGUCCAGGUUAACUUUCCAAACGCGCAAGCGAACAUUUAAACCGGCCUUUAGGCCAUUUUCCUCAAGGGUCCGCCCGACAUUUGCGCCGAAGCGCAACAAAUUAGGCCCGGGAGGCGCUACGACAAUCACCAGGACCGAUUUUACACCCACGGUGACGGCAGUUCCUGCUUCUAAGACGGGAGGGCGAUUUAAUGCCCGGAAAAGUUUUACAGGUGCAACCAGCAGUUUAGCAGUGCAGCCUAGUGCUUCAGGCUCUCGAAGAUUUGUACGUCCUAAAUCAAGUGCGCUUUCAUCCACUGUUUCAUCUAAUUCCUUUACUCCUCGCGGGAGGAGUUCUACUAUUAAGGCUACGCCUACGAUUUCCGGCUCUCGAAAGUUCAAUUCAAAAACGUCCAGCCAGUUGCGAUCCAGUUCCUUGUAUACUGGCAGUAACCGAUUUGCCCGAAUAAGACCAACGUCGGUAUCUCCAUUGUCCAGAGCAAGUGCGAAACCGCAAACUCCGCCGUCUGAUGAAGUAAAUGAUGCGGACAACGAUCUGACGACGCAAAUUACAGAAAAUCCCACGGAAUUUACGGAUGAGACUCAAGAAACGACAUUAACCGUUGCCACUACAACCGAACUAUCUCGUCGUGGCCAAAACCCGCUGUUGAAGUUUAGGAAGCCACUAUCCCGGCCUACAUCUACACCGAAAGUGACGCCGCCAAGCAAAUUCCAAAGCAAAAUCGCCACUAAGACAACUUCGACAACGUUAAAGCCGAAAACCACAAGACCGAUUGCCGCACUACAAAAUCGGCAGCGGCCCGGUUUAUUACCGCGCCGAGGAUUAUUUGCGACAACCACGACCACUCCCGCUCCCGAAGAGGAGGAGGAAGACGGAGAAGACGAAGAAGAAUUCGAGGAGGAAGAAGGUGAAGAGGAUACGGAUUACGAGGGGUCUAAUAGAAACACGCAGACUGUCUCUACGCCACCCCCUAAACUAAGCAAGCCUAACGUAUCCGUAAGACCGUUUAAGUUUCGCCAACGUUCCAAACGUGACACAAACUACACGAGACUUCGGAGACCUCAGUUCCUUCGAUCUUCAACGGCGCCACCUAAAGAAGAGGAGCCGGUAACUGAAGCGACCCCACCUACAAAACCAAGUCGCUUUAAACCAAGAUCUAGAACUGCUGUUACCACCAGUCCCAAAUCAGAAACGACCAAGCGCAUAUCUCCUACAAGAGCGUCCGUUUCGCAGAGUAGGUCGCAGUUUACGUUGAGGGAGAAGGACAAGUCGUCGGUUAACGCGAGAAACAGUUACAGGCGGGGCAAUACUCAAAGUCUGUCGACGAGGAGAACAACAACCGUAUCGUCCAGAGCUAAGAUUCCAAAAUUACGCACACCAUCAACGACCGAACACUCUACCCGUAGAAAAAUUACGGACACGGGUCGUGGCAGGAAUUCUAGGAGAGGCACUACGACGUAUCGUUCCCGGAAUUCCGGCGAAUUAAAUGAUAACUACGUCUUUUCGAAGUUCAAUGAUGGUACCAUUACAGUGACGCACUCCAUACCUACCGAAGCUACAAUUCCAGUGGUGAACGGGAAGAUUACGGAAUACAGGAAUAUAAUCACCGCGAAAUAUAGUACGGAAACAUUGAUUCCUCAGCAGUACUCUACAGCCGUUAACUCUCUAGGUAAAGUAUUUACCGUUUUAAGAAGCGACUCCACUAAUGUCGCCGGUAAUGGCGUCACGGAGAUUACGAGAUAUGUUCUAAAUGAGAUUCCAACUACCACGGUGGUAUAUACGCCGACUUACAUUCGAGGUUACAAAACGUCUUAUUCGCACGUUUUGCCAAGUACAGCGUACGGAGUGGAGCAGGUGGUGACAACUCUACAACCCGCUUUAGCUGCCCAAGCUCCUUUGGCCAAUAUACUCCUUUCCCAGUUACUGCUUGGCAAUCCCGGAUUUCAGUCAAAUCCUCUGUUGGGCUUGCAAAACUUAGCUCAAACGCCUACUCCCACAACUGAAUUUAAAACAAGAUCGACGACUUAUGUGACCACGGUAACAAACGCGAUGUCUACGAUAAUCCCCAUUACCUUUCGAGGCAAAGAGAUUUUGACAACAAUCGUGGACAGCUCCGUGAGUGUCGUCACCGCUACAGAACUGAUUACGGAUACGGUCGUCGUAACUCCCACACUUACGAGCCCCGCCAAUCUCAACAGUUUGCUCUUACCCCUCUUGCUGCAGCAGCAACAGCAGGCCCCGACUUUGCAACAGCCCGCCGGAGUAUUCGGAUUAAACCCCGAACAGGUAUUUCCAGGUCUCGAAAAUAAGUACGACUUUCUAAAUUUCGACGACAAAUCCGCGAGCGAGUCUGAUGAUUCCACGGAACACAACCUAACUGAAGACGUGACGCGACCACCAAGACGAAAAAGCUCGCGCAAAAAACCGAAGAAGAUCACUCCGGCUGCGCCACCAAAGGAAACUAGCGUUGUUACGUUGUACGUUUCUGGAAAGACACCGGGAGAAUUCUCGACGAUACUGUCAACGGUGACGGACAGCGACAGCAUGCAGAGGCGCAAACGUGAGGUUCUGGUGAAACCCUCCGAGAUAAACGACGAAUUGAAAACGUACAGCCACAUAGACUCGUUUGUCAGUUCUGCAUCUGAUGAUGAAGGCGAAAGCUACUACGAAAACCAGGCGUCCACUUUCGAAACCGAAAGCCUCGAAAGUGUCCUUGGAGACGUCAGUAAAUAUGUCGAGACGCAAACGCCCGAGCUGUUUAACGUUAAGCCCACCAAACUGAACAGGCCCAAGAAGUAUUCGACGGAGGAAAACGCAAAAAUAAGUUCCCGUAAUUUUUUAGUAUAAGUGACCUUGAUGAGUUGCCCCCUCUCAUGCCGAAG